GCUAAACCCCUGUUCUAAUUCCAGUUUCCAGUCUGAGAAGACGAACUGACGGAAAAGGAGCGAUUGCGUCGUGAAUUCGUCGAAUCGGAAGAUGUGGUUCGCCGGCGGCGCGUUAAGGGGUUCUACUUCGACCGGAAGCGGUCUUAUUACAACCGCCGCGGCGUUUGUAAGGCAUUUCUCCCGGAGCCGCGCGGAGAAUCUGAGGAAAAUCAAUCCAAAAGUGAGCUUCCCUGAGGCUAAUUCUAUCGCUCGUGAUCUAUACGAUGUCGUCAAACAGCAUGGACCUCUCACCAUCCCCAAUACUUGGGUUCAGGCUAAGGAAUUGGGUGUCAAUGGAUUGAUGAGCAAAACACACAUGAAGAUAAUGCUUAAAUGGAUGAGGGGAAGGAAGAUGCUGAAGCUGUUCCCCAACCAAGUUGGUUCGACCAAAAAAUUCUUAUUAUGCACACUGCCUGAAGACGCUGAAGUUACUCAAUUUAGAGAAUCAUCAGCAGUAAGGCUGCAACAUAGGAAGCCUUCCAUUAAGCGGAAGAAGCAAAAGAAAUAGGUUUGUGACUCUGUCCAAGCCUUCACUUUCGGCCUGGAACCCUUGCUUAGUGUGUUCCAUCGCAAUUUCAGUUCUCCCUUUUGCUGUAUGAAUCAACUUUUCCCUUUCCUACUCAUGUUGCUAUCAGUGGCGUUUCACUAAUCUAUGGUCGUUUUGAAAAGACUAUUCUCUCAGUUUCAUUCUCUUUUCCGUUGGACUUGGUCAAGUAGUGAUUACAUUUGCUUGUAUAAUUUAGGUUGACAGAUUGGAUCAUUGAAAUAAUGUUGAUGGCGGUGUUGUUUUAA